AUGAACAUUGAUACCGAGCGUGUUAUUUCUGAGGUGCAUCUUCGCCCGCAGUUGUGGGAUCUCUCUUGUGAGCACUACAAAGACCGUGAUGCGAAAAUAAAAGCUUGGCUAGAAGUUUGCCAAGCAAUAACUCAAAACUACGACGAACUAUCAGACAAUGAGAAAAAACUUAUAGAAAAACAAGUACGACAGCGGUGGAAAACUGCGCGCGAUGCCUACGUAAGGAGCAAAGCCACAUUGAAGAAUAUAAAAUCUGGAUCUGGAGGUGGAAACAUUAAGAAAUAUGUAUUUUUUGACUGUAUGCAUUUUUUAGACAAAAAUCAAGUAGUUAACACAGAAGAUUCAAUUUUAACAAGUCAGGACACAGUUAAUGAAUCCCGAGCAAAUAGCGAGCCACCAACUAUUGAUACAGGAGAAGGUUCUUCGUCAAGCACUUCAUCAAUCCAAAAUGCUCUGCCUUUAACGUUUGAGGGUCUCAACACUUCCCGAACAAAUGAAACAGCUGCAAGUAGACGGAAAAAUGUGUAUAGAAAGCGUAAGAGAAUUCCUGAUGAAGACGAAAAUUUUGGGAAAGAAAUGUUGAAUAUUUUUAAAGAAAACACAAAACUGAUACAGAACGAUGAUCUGUCAUUUUUUUGUUCGCUUCUGCCGAUCAUGCAAACUUUUACUACCCACCAAAAAUUACUGUUCCGUUCAGAAGUACUAAAAAUAGCCAUAGAAAUUUCAUCUGCUAACAGCUCUAGUGAAGGCCGGCCUGGGACAUCCCAUACUUCUUCUACGAUGUCGGAACAUUGA